AUGCUUUCUCCCCAGAAAUCCGCCGUCGGCGGCCUUUCGCCUCGCACCGCCGUCCCGCUACGGGGUCUCUUCCUCGACGGCGUCUGGAGGUGCAACUGCCCCGAGCGGCCGCCGGCGGUUAAGCUCCAGACAAAGAACCAUGGAGUCAACCAUGGUAGAUGGUUCUACACCUGUCAGAAACCGCAAAACAAGCGCUGCAACUUCUUCCUCUGGCACAGCGACGCCGAGGCCCGCGAGAAGCACACCGUUCUGGCCAACUCGCGCUCCGAACCCGGCUCCGCGGCCGCGACGCCGACUAAGGUCCAGCCCCAACGAUUCGCGAACGGUCUCCCCACGCCUCAGACGGAUGUGAAGGAUGGACCGCGUAAGGCCGCGCGUACGGAAACCUAUGCGUCGCCUGGCAAGAGGAAGCUAUCGGAGAUGGAGGAUGAGAGGGGGGGUAGCUUUGUCUCGAUGACGCCGACGUUGGUCUCCUCACCGCGGACGGGGACGGGGAUGGGGACGGGGCUAGAGCUAGGCGCGGGGAGCCGGUUGCCGCCGCCGUCGUCGGCGGAGAUCUCGAUGACUCCGACACCGACGCCUGGGAGGUUCAGGAAUGUGCUGGAGGCGGAUGUGGGUGGGGAUUCGUCGAAGCUUGCGCUUCAGGCGUUGAAGAUCCUGGAGGCGCACAAGGUGGUGGUGCCGAAGCAGGCGCAGGAUGAGCUGAUGGGGCUUCUGAACAGGCAAGAUCUGAAGAUGAAAGGUAUCAGCCGUGGGCGGGACAUUUCGCGCAUUGCGCUGAAGAAGAAAGACGAGACAAUCAUGAGACUGAAUGAGAGAAUCGCGAGCCUGGAGUCGCAGAGGGAAAUGGAUAGGGCGGUGAUUGAUGGCUUGAGGGGUCGCUGA